AGACCCUCCCUCUGGACCCGCGCUGCUCCUUGGUCCUAGUGCCGGGCACGUGCCGGAACUACAACAUCCGCUGGUACUACGACAAGGCGGCCAACGCCUGCGCGCAGUUUUGGUACGGAGGCUGCAACGGCAACGCCAACCGCUUCGACACCGAGGAGGAGUGCAAGAGGACGUGCGUGGUGGGCGGAGCCACAGGUGUGUGAUCCACCACGACAUCGCCACGUGAUCUUCCCAAACGUCCCAAAGACUUUGAGCUUUCCCUCCGCAGGAGGCUGAUCCCAUCACCUCUUGGAUCAUCGUCCACAGAGGGGCGGAUUCUCAGAGGAUUAAGGGACGACAUAUAGUAACUCAUACAAUCACGACCCCUCCUCCUGGAAUAAACGAACAAACUAACAACGUAGAGGAUCAGCUUAACUCGACUCAGGAAUACAAAACCAUUCUUAUUUUUUUAACACGAUAAAGUUCUGAGAAGAUCCAGAAAAAUAACCUCAAAUCAAGCGGAGCCAUAAUUAAUAAAAACCUGGUGCUCGGUGGAAUCCUUUUUGUAAAUUUGAAUGUGUUUCAAUGGAAAAUGUGAUGUUGAACCUGUAACACUGAUGGACAGACACAGGAACGCUGCCCUCUGCUGGGUCAGGCCUCGCUGUGUCACCUUUACUGCUCUGUACUCUGUAGGAUCAACACCAGCGUCUUAAUAAAAACGAUCUUAAACCACAA